AAUUUUAGGAGGCAGGUAUGUAUGUAUAUUCUUUCGAAAAAGGUCCACUUGGCGAAUACGUACUUAGCGUGAGGAAAGACCGCCACAUUCAGACCUCUCCUUCUACCUUUCCACCUUCCUCUUCCCACCGUCUCAUUUCGAUUUUUCUCCUACUCGCUACCUACCUUCUCCUCUUUCACCUUCCACAAAUCCCACCUUUCCCCAUCCCAAAUUCCUUCAUCCACGAUCCACACUCUCCAAUUGACACAAAACACCAGCUUUGUUUUGUCAAGUGAAGUCAAUCAUGGAGCCUAAAGACGCGCCUCGGCGCGCAAACAAACGAGAUCGCUCUCGAACAAACAGUCCUCGCGACACCAAGCGAGCCCGGCAAUCAUCGACUCCGGCCAAACCCGUGUUUGGCCGACUCCAAGUUACCGCUGAUACCGAUGGCAUCAGCCAAGUCACCAGCCAUCGCCCUGGCCAGGCAGUCGUCGACUUGAUAGCGGACGAUGUGUUCGCCUUACACGGGCCACGAGAGCAGGCCCACGAAAUGCUCGACAAGAUUAUGAAGCACAGCAAUGGUUCUGUCUUCACUGCCGUGUACCGUUUUGAGCCAGGCCCUCAAGCAUCGCGGGAUGACAAGAACACUGGUCAUGCUUCAGCUGUAGCCCCCGAUCUGUCCGGCUCUCCUCCUCCCCUUCUUUCUCACUCUACCGAGGGAUUUUUCAGCAGCCCGUUAUCCAUAAAACUCAAACAUGGAACGGGCCUUGAUUCGAGCGGCACUACUGACCAACAGACCGGUGGCCUGUUUGAAGGUCGCCGCAAUGACCGCGAGGUGGCUAAGCAAGAGGCUACUAUGCCGUCCACUAGCAACGGUCAAGCCCAGCGACCCACCACUGACGGACAGGAAGAUGAUAUGCUAUCCCCAGACUUUACUCCCAGUCGCCGCCAGGGAUUCAAGAAGGCACCAGACCCCGACUCUCACCUGAAAUUCAAAGAUCUGGACUUUGACUCCAGAGACUUUGAGUUCUUGAAGAGGGAUCAAGAUUGCGCUGAUGUGGUUUGUGGCAGUUGCUCGGGCAAAGGCCACCAUUUCCUGGAUUGCGUUUGGCCUGAUGCUCGAGGCGAUUUGGUGGGCUGUCCAUUCUGCAACACCAAGGAGCACGUCAUGGACAACUGCCCGCAGCAGCCGACACUCAACGAUUUUGAAUGGACUCACAUCCUCGUCUUCCGUCGAGCCAACAAGCCGUUGCUUAGAACCACGCGCAGCUGGUACCAUUAUGCCGAACUUGCCAACCGCUACGCCACAGGUGCUGCUGUUCAUGGUACAAUGGAUGCGCAUGAAUGGAACUAUCUACUGUCCAAGGGAUUCACAUGGACCAGAUCCUUUAGCCAGAAUCUGGUCAAGUCUAGCAACUUGUCGCGUGGCCCCUGGCUCCGUUAUAACUACAAAAACGACAGCGCCGCUCAGUGCGAGUUGAAGCGUGACCCGGAAACGAUGAACCACUCCGUCGUGUUUUCAAACGAUCGUCUGAAGGACGAGCGGUUCAUCCCCCGCUAA